CCCUCUCCUGUUUGUGGAGGUGAGAAAACUCAUUGAGGAUAAACAUUGCGAAAUAGAAGGAUAGAGAAGAACAUAUUCUUCGUUUUCAAGAUGCUGAGCUAACUAUGAAGCUGUCUUGCCCUCUACAUUUUACAGUUUACAUAUCAUUUUUUAUUUGCAAAGCAUUAGCAACAACCUAUUACUGUGAGGAUAAACAAACAGUGAACAUUGAUGGAGUGACUUCAGGGACGAUUCGCACACUGGCCUCAGGUGCCAGUAGCUAUGACAACAAUGUGGACUGCUCCUGGAAAAUUAACGCAGGAUCAGGAAACAAGCUACACUUUCGAAUUUUAUCCUCAGUUUUAGAGUACACACCUCCGUACACUUCUUGUUAUACCAGGGAUAGCCUCUUUAUACUAGAUGGAGAGACAGCUAGCUCUGAAGUCCUUGUGUCCAUAUGUGGAUACUUUAAUCCAUAUGAGGUCACUAGCAAGGGGCAGCAUGUGUAUCUGAGAUUUUCAACAAAUGACAAAAAUUUCUAUCAAUAUUCAGGCAUAAUACUUCAAUUUGAGGCAUUUGGAAAUACCUCAUGUCCACCAGACUGGAAGGAGUUAUCUCCCUUAGAAUGCUACAAGAUCAUGACCCAGCCAGUCGAUGGCUUGACGUGGUCUAAUGCUCAGGAGUACUGUGGAUACAGUCUAUCUAACCUGAUUAUAUUGCCAACGGAAGACAUUUUCACAGCAUUUCAAGCCUAUGCUGUCAACAUGUCUGUGAGUAACGUAUGGAUUGGUCUGAAUGACAUUGAGGUGGAAAACGCAAUCAAAUGGAUCAGUGGCACAACAGGGUAUCUACAAAACAGACUUGACACAUCGUCAGAGACAGAAACCAAGGACUGUGUUAUCCAUGACACACAGACUCAGAAGUGGACGUUUAAGUACUGCAGCAGGGACAAGUUCCCCUUCGCUUGCCAAAGACACAAAGUGAAAGAAACAGAUGUAUUUAAGGUACCAGAAGCGAUAGACAAAGCUGAUUUUGAACCUGUUUCAUUACGUUGGGUGAUAAUUUUAUCUAUCAGUGGAGGUAUUGUGCUCAUCAUAAUAAUAACUGUGAUAUAUUGCCGAUGUAAACAUAUAAAAGCCCGGAGAAUCCGCGAGGGCCUCGAGAGACGUCAGACGUACCAGGCUAGCAGUAGAGAUAGGAGACCCAGCAGGACCCAGGAGCCUAGUGCUCCUCCCGAGGAACAAACGCCCCUGCCCUCAUAUCGACCACCCUCCAUAGAACCUGACAGGAGCUCACUGCCACCGUCCUACGAGGAGUCACAGAGAAAUAAUUACAUCACAAAACCUAUGUACACGUAAAAUAGUUACAUCACCAAACCUACGUACACAUAAAAUAAUUACAUCACCAAACCAUCGUACACAUAAAAUAAUUACAUCACCAAACCAAAGUACACAUAAAAUAAUUACAUCACCAAACCAUCGUACACAGAAAAUGAUUACAUCACCAAACCAACGUACACAUAUAAUAAUCACAUCACCAAACCCAACAUACACAUAUAAUAAUUACAUCACCAAACCGUCGUACACAUAAAAUGAUUACAUCACCAAACCAACGUACACAUAAAAUGAUUACAUCACCAAACCAAUGUACACAUAUAAAAAUUACAUCACCAAACCAACGUACACAAAAAAAUAAUGUCAGGCCUGUUACUGAAACUGAUCUUCAUUGUAAAGAUCACUGUGGCAAAAUUGUUCAGGAAUGGUUUCUAUUGUUUUUUUCCUUUUUUUCAUGAUUGUUGAUUUUUGUUGUUGUUUUUAUUGAGCAAGAAAGUCAAGAAAUAUCCGGUUUUGUUAAUUGUUCACAUGAAUUACAUAUGAACAUUUUUUUCUUUGAGGGGGUUAGUUUGUUGAUUAACAUAUUUUUAGUUUGAUGCUAUUAAUAUACAUUUUGUAUGAGAAAAACUUUUGUAGACUUUUUCUGUAUUUUAUGCUUGCUUUGUGUUAAAUAUGUUAUAAUUAUAAAUAAUGUAUGUGGUUAUGCUUCUGUUAAAGCAGUGUUUUAAAGUUGUUAUAACAAAAUUAGGCCAUAAUGCUAUUGUGUGAAUGAAUUACAUUUUGCAUAAUUUAUACGAGGGAUUAUCAAAAAGUUCGUGGACUAGCACCAUAAAAUUAAAACCGGUUAAGGUACAUCAAUGAAUUUUGAAAUAUCUAGUUAGCAUCAUCUUUUCUAUCCAAAGAAUAAACCACAAAUCAUGAAUUUUAUUUUUAAAUAAAUUAGUAAUGUUUUUGUAAGCAAUGGUAUGCCCAGGCGGCGCAACCUCAAAAACGACGUUUUUUCGACCUAUGUGUAACUGAGAAAAACU